AUGCGGUCGAUGUUCGACGACGCGCCGGCGACGGCGCGCGGCGGCGGCGCGCGACGACGCGACGGCGACGACGCGACGGCGAGCGACGACGCGACGGCGAGCGACGGCGAAGGCGACGCGCUGAAAAUCAACGAAAAGUACGCCGCGCGGUUCGAACACAACGAACGAAGGAAGGAGACGCACCGAUUGCAGGCGAAGCUGGAGCGGGAGUACGCGCGGGGCGCGCUGCGCGCGCGCGGCGACGGGAAGAGCGAGAGCGAGACGAGCGGGGAAUCGAGCGAUGGGACGUCGAGCGAUGAGGAAGAGACGCUGGAGCGAGCGCUGGACGGGGCGUUCGCGGAGGCGCUGACGAAGAUUCGGAGGAAGGAUCCGAGCAUUUACGACGCGGAGACGAAGCUGUUCGACGAGGCGAGCGAGGACGAGGACGACGAGGACGGGGGGGGGAAGAAGGAGGCGACGUCGACGAAGAGGACGAAGAAGAAGACGAGGGCGACGUUGCGCGAAGUCGUGGCGACGCAGUUGCUGGAGGGUGGGGCCACCGCGCUCGAGGAGGCGGAGGCGGAGGCGGAGGCGGCGCGCGCGAACGACGAACCGUCGUACGUCGAGGAGCAAGCGGCGCUGAAGCGCGCGUUCAAGGACGCGGCGGCGGGCGGUGACGACGACGAAGACGAUGAAGACGAGAGUGGUCUCGUGGUGAAACGGCGCGCGGCGGCGAUGACGGCGGCGACGGAAAAGUUGUCUGAAUACUUUGACGCGAGACGCGGCGACGCGAACGAUUUGAGCGCCGAGGAUAAAUUCUUGCGAGACUACUUGCUGGAGAAACAGUGGAUGAAGGAAGACUCGAAGAAAGAUUCCGCGGCGGUGCGGUUUCAAACAUUAGGGCCGCCAUCGAGCGACGAGGACGACGACGCGGGCGCCGACGACGAGUCGAGCGAUUCCGAACUCCUCGAUCGCGCCGAGGCGUUCGAGCACAAGUACAACUUUCGAUUCGAAGAGCCGGGCGCGGAUCGGCUCGUGUCGCACUCGCGUCACAUCGAAGGCUUAGUUCGUCGCGAGGAUUCGAAGCGCAAGGACAAGCGAAAGAAAGUGCGAGAGCGCAAAGAAUCUGAGCGAGCCAAGCUCCUCGCCGAGGUGCGUCGUCUGAAGAAUCUCAAGCGCGAAGAAAUCGCAAACAAGAUGCGUCAAAUCUCCGCCGUCGGUGGGUUGAAGGGCGGCGGCGCGAAGGUGGCGGAUUUAACUGAAGAAUUCGACCCCGAAGCGCACGACCGAGCGAUGCGAGAGAUGUACGGUGACGAGUAUUACGACGCCGCGGGAGAGGACGGCGAAGACGAAGUCUUCGGCGAGCUGGAAAAGCCCGAGUUCGGGGACUUGGAGGAGGAGAUGAAGGAACUUUUGAAGGGUGCAGGGAAACCUGACGAUGACGAUUUAGAUGAUGACGAUCAUUUCGACGAUGACGACGAACCGGCGCCGGACGAAGAAGAAGAAGAAAACAAAUUUAGCAAGCGCGCCGCGAAGAAGUGGCGCAAGGAGCUCGAGGCGAAGAUGGACGAGUACUACAAGCUGAACGCCGAAGAUUUCAUCGGUGAAGCGCCGACGCGCUUCCCGUACAAGGAGGUGGCGCCGAAGAUGUUCGGUCUGACCACGCGCGACGUGCUUCUGAUGGAAGACAAGCACCUGAACCAAAUCGUCGGCUUGAAGAAGCUCGCGCCGUAUCGCGACGACGCAAACGACGCCGCCGUGGACGCCAACCAACGCGCGAGAGCGCGUCGCAUGGCGAAAGAGUUCUUAGAGAAAGCCAAAGACAAGAAGAAUCGUUCGUCGCGACGCAGAAAAGACAAAACCAAGCGCGAGGACGACGACGAAGCUUCGGACGGUUCUGACGACGACGCCAAGGCGCGCGCGCGGUCGUACGCCGACUCGGCGUUCGGCAAAAAGCGUAAAUCCGAAGCGCCGCUUCGAAACACCACCGCGGAUGACGCAUCCACCGGCGUGGGUAAGAACGCUCGGAAAAACGCGAAGAAGCGCGCGAAGCGCAAAGCCAAAGAAAUAGCGAGCGCCGCCGUGUAA